UGAGUGACUCUUCUUUUCCCCUUUGUAAGAAACCAGCGGAAGCACUUGAUGAAAAGUUGGAUAUCAUGAUAUUUGAUAUCUUUUGAAGAUACGAAUACAUUUCAGAAUGAAUUUGCAUUGUUCGAUAACAAUGGAUCAAUGAAUAAUUCCGAUAGACGUGAACAUCGGCACGAAGACAAGAGAACUUUAUUUAAUAUCGAUAUAUCGACAUAUGGAGCUUAUUGUUUUCAAAAAAUUUGACAGUUCGACGUUCGAACGUCAAGCGAACGAAAUAUUGUUUUUUAAUAACCUGCAAAUAGUGAAAAAUAGUUGUCAAAAAAUAUUGUACUUGUCGGAAAAUAAAUGUACAAAAAUGUAUCGCAAUUCUUAUCAAAACGGUUUUUUGUCUGUCCUGUACAGUUGUGGCUCUUCGCCGUUAGAAAAUUGGGGCAUGCAUGUCAAGCAUGGUUACAUAAGACGCGUAACCGAUGACGAAGUCAAAUCAUUGGCGCUUGAAAUAGCUGGUACCAACGUGUCCACAACAUUUAUCUAUUGUCCAGCUGAUAGAAAAAAAGUUUUGGGAAUAAUGCUACCCUUUUUUAUAAUGAUUAUAAAGAAUAUGAAGAAAUAUUUUACAUUUGAGAUUACGAUACUGGAUGAUAAAAAUAUGCACAGACGCUUUCGCGUUAGUAAUUUUCAAAGCACUACUAAGGUACGCCCGUUCUCUACUUCUAUGCCAAUUGGUCUUUCCGGCGGAUGGAAUCAAAUUCAAUUCAAUCUGGCCGAUUUUACACGACGAGCUUAUGGUACGAAUUAUGUGGAAACCACGAGAAUGCAAAUACACGCGAAUUGUCGAAUUCGUCGCAUAUAUUUUGCUGAUAGACUUUAUACGGAGGAUGAGACUCCUGAGGAGUUUAAACUGUUUUUACCGAUGGAGCGAAAAAAAUGUGUUCGCGAAGAAGAGAAAAAGAGUAAAAAACCAGACGAAGAAAAUGUCGUUCAAAUUAUGAAAUCUAUGCCAACCGACGAACCUCCGGAAUUUGAAGCUGACGAAACGGAAACGGAGAAACCGGAAGUGGAGGUCGACGCUAAGGUUUCCAAAAUUUCCGCUUUGAUGAAUGCUGACGAUUCGCCUGCUCAGGUGCAGGAAGAGAUGCCGCAAGAAGAGCAUAAAGAUGUUACGGAUACAGAAACUGAAGACGAAGAAGAAGGUAUAGAUGCUCCUGAAGACGAACAAGAAAGUAUACAAAUAAAGGAAAUGAUAGGAACUUUAGAGGACGCAACGGAAGAAAGUGAAUUUUUAACGGAAGAAGAAACAGAACCGGAUGAACCACCCUCUGAAGAAGAAGGAUAAGUUUUAAUAAUGUGUGGAGUAUGAAGUUGGAUGAGGUUUUAGAAAAAGUUUGGUGUACGAUAAAUAAAAGUUCUUUAAU